AUGCUACAUAUCUUGCGCUAUACCACAUUAGGCAUUAGCCUCCUUUCCCCAACUUCAUCGCAGAACUGGAAGACUGCCACUAUACAACUAUACCUCUACACGCCACCUAGGCAACAUUGCACCCUCUUGCUUCAGCACUUAACGCCGAUCGGGUUGGUCGCAUCGGUAGCUUCACGCCAUCUCGUCAUUUUGCUUGAUUCCCCUCGUUUCCCUACCCUCCUUUACCGAUAG